CACUGUGUAUUGACCGAAACAAUGAAAUUGAUAAAAACUGUUUAAUUCAAAACAUGGCCAUUGAGUAGUUGACAACUGGAAUAAAUAUUUCAUUGUCGUUUAAAAAAUGUACGUAACACGUAUCCUGGUAUCGGCAUAUGAAAGUCAAUUCAAAUAAGGAUUUAAUUAUGUUCUCCACCGAAAUUUUAAUUGUAUAUUGUAUGAAUACAUUGUAUACAUGAUUUUCAAGUUCACCAGAAAUUUGCUUGUAUGAAAUAUUUACUAGGACUUUACAUAUGCUGCAGGAAUUUCAAAUUGUAUAAAAUAUUCACCAGGAUUGUGCUUUUUGUUCAAGGAAUUUACAUGUUGAAUGAACUAUUCACAAGGAGUUACAUUUUCUUCUGGAAUUUACAUGUUUAAUGAAUUAUUCACCAGAAUUUGCAUUUUAUGCUGUGUGAAAUAUUCACCCAGAUUUGCAUUUUCGCUACUAGGAUUUUAGCAAGAAAUUUACAUCUUGCAUGAAAGUUUCACCAGUAAUGACAAUUUCAAAUGCAGCAAUUUCAACGGCAAUCGCUUUUCUUAAAUAUCUCUUCGGCUAUCGUUUUUGACUUUACAAGAUAUGUGGUAGGGUAGGAUAAGAUCUAUGAGCAUAUUGUUGUACGAUAACAUUAUGAUAUUCCACUUGUAUUUCUGUACAGUUAUUACAUUCAUAGUUGGGUUUAAUACAAAUGUAAAACAUGUUGUCAAGUUACACGGAUUUAAUGAGCCAGGAAGUUAUUUUGGAUUCUCAGUUGGAAUAGGAUACAACAAAAACACCGCAAAGAACGUGAUUUUAGUUGGCGCUCCACGGAGUAAUGACCCUGCAUUGCCAGAUGUACCGAGGCCCGGUGUGGUGUUUGCCUGCACAGCUUAUCAAAAGAUAUGGAACUGCAGCAAGCUGGAUAUAUAUAAUGACAGUGAUUUACACGAAGACGUUUUGGUAAGAAGAAAUGAGUCCUGGCUGGGAGGAAGCAUUUAUGUAUCGGCGUCUAACAUAGUUGCUACGUGUGCCCACAAGUCGGAUGACUGGAGAGACAUGUAUCUAGAUGGUGAAUGUUUCGAAUUUCCGUUGGAAGAUAUUCCUAGUGUUUCGUUCUCUGUAAGGACAUAUCGGGGCAUGUCACAUCAUUCAGCAAACUUUGGAUUUGGUACUUCAGUCCAUUACACAAAGGUUGGUAGAGUAAUGACUUAUAUAAUAAUAGGAUGACAAGGGUGAUAUGUUGACAAUUUGCCUGUCAUUCUUUCAUAGCCACCCACCAUCUAGACAACAUCAUCAUAUCACUGUUUCACGAUCAUUCUGUCACAGCCAUUAUAUGUCGUCGUAACAUUUUAUCACUCUACCGUUGCUAUCAUAUCCUAACGUUCUAUCAUCAUUAGGUCGCGAAAAAUGCUUCUGUGU